CUUCGUCAAUAGUCAAGAAUGGACGGCAUCAAGAGGAGUAACAGAACUGAGGGUGGGAGUGCUGGGUUCCCCAGACAGUGGGAAAUCAGCACUAGUACACCGGUACCUCACUGGCGCGUAUAUGCAAGAGGAAAGUCCUGAAGGGGGCCGCUUCAAGAAAGAAGUGAUAAUCGACGGGCACAGUUACCUUCUACUAAUACGAGACGAAGGGGGACCACCAGAAAUGCAGUUCACGGCCUGGGUGGACGCGGUGAUCUUCGUAUUUAGCCUCGACAACGAAAUCAGUUACAACACUGUAUCAAAUUACUUCAAUAAGAUGUCCCACUAUCGGAAUUCCGCUGAGAUUCCAAUCAUAUUGGUCGGGACUCAAGAUGCCAUAAGUGAAAGUAGUCCACGCGUCGUGGACGAUAACCGUGCGCGCAAGCUGUCGAAUGAACUGCGAAGAUGCUCAUACUACGAAACGUGCGCCACGUAUGGGCUCAACGUCGAAAGAGUUUUCCAAGAUGCGUGCCAGAAGAUUGUUGGGACAAGGCUGUCGGCGUCGUCGCAAUGCCUUUCUGGUGGGUCCAGGCCCGUGACUCCUCAGCCCCUGGCCAACUCUCCCAGUCACAACCAUUCUACGUUUCUAUACAAGGACUCACUACCCCGUGGUCACCACACACUCUCGGCGUCAUCACACCACCUGCACAGAGGAGCUCAAUCCUUCGACGCAUCCUCAAACAGCAGCGGCAUAUCCUCAACCCACGUCGUCGAGAUCCACAGCACCAACGGUUCAGACACCUCCUCACGAUGGGGCAACUCCCUAGGCAGCCACGGAUCCUCAUCAGGCCUCGUCUCCAUAGCAACGGAAAACAACAACGUCAAAUUCACAGCACCACACUGCUUAGACAAUCUUCAACCUGGCAAGGACCAGAAAGACCUACCCACACCCUCAUCCACCCCCACAACGUCUCGAAAGUCAAGGAGAAGAUCGAAUCUCUUCACCCCCUCAAAAAAGGGGGACGAUAGACUCAAGAAUGGGGAGCUGGGGUCUGGGAGGGCGAUUCCCCUGAAACAGGGGUAUUUGUACAAGAAGAGUAGCAAGGCGCUGAAUAAGGAGUGGAAGAAGAAGUAUGUCACGCUGUGUGAUGAUGGGCGGCUGACGUAUCAUCCAAGUUUGCAUGAUUACAUGGAAGAUGUGAACGGCAAGGAGAUAUCUCUUCAGUACGUGACAGUUAAAGUUCCGGGCCAGAAGCCUCGCGGUUCCAAGUCCAUCAUUACGACAGUGCCGGGCUAUAACGGGCACAACAGCCUCGACAUACACGACAGCAUCGGCGGGCUCUCGCUUGGCUACAAAGACAAGCCGACCCGAGCCACCGACAAGGCCCUAAUGUCGGCCUUCGACACGAUGAAGGAGCCAGCCACGAGCCGACAGUCGCUGGCGUCCGAAGCAGACCUUGCUUCCACAAACGGAGACAAGGAUGUCAAGAAGCGGCAUCGCAGGAUGAAGAGCAGCGGCGUUAAGAAGGAUGGGGACGAUGACGGCGACGCGGCAUCGUCCUGCGAGUUCACGAUCGUGAGCUUAGACGGCAAGCGAUGGCGUUGGGAAGUGGGCGCGAGUGGAUGUGCGGCGGCGGCCGAACGCGACGCCUGGGUCGCGUGCGUGGAGGCGCAAAUCUUGGCCUCGCUGCAGGGACGGACAUCUCGGCAGCCCGCGCCGACCGGUGCUAACUCGACUGGUGACGUGAGAGCCACGUACUACAUCAGGCGGGUGAAAGGCAACGACAAAUGCUGUGACUGCGGUGCUCCUGACCCGGACUGGGCGAGCCUGAACCUCGGCGUGCUGAUCUGCAUCGAGUGCUCGGGCAUCCACCGCAACCUCGGCUCGCACAUAUCGCGCGUGCGCUCGCUCGACCUGGACGAGUGGCCGCUGGGCCACGUGAGUGUGAUGGUGUCGUUAGGCAACACACUGGCUAACUCAAUAUGGGAGGCGGACCUUCGAGGACACAUCAAACCACAGGUCACGUCGUCUAGGGAAGAGAAGGAACGAUGGAUCCGGCUCAAAUACGAGAGGCGGGCGUUUCUCUCAGCUGGCGACAUAGCGACCGGCGUGGACGCAUUACGGGCGGCCAGUUCGCGGGGCCAAGUGGCGACCCUUGCAAGAGUACUGGCUGUGCCUCCUCCUCGAGCGCCGUCGGCUACGGAUCGAGCAUUAGCGCUUAGAGCCGCCGCGGCCGCAGGACACCUCGCUGCCGCGCAGUUAUUGAUAUGGCACAACGGCAACCCGAACUACCCGGACGCGGACGGUCACACGUGCGUGUUUUACGCGCGCGCCGCCGCCAACCAUCUCGCAGGCAUCCCGCCGCAGUACCCGCGCGCGCUACAGCUCGCCUGCCCGCUGCACCCCGGGCCCCCCGCCGGGGCCCCCGCCGGGCCCCCCGCUGGUUCAACCUCCAGCAAGAGUUCGCUCAAGACGCCAGAACCAGAAUGCAACUGCAUCAUCUUCGAGCUCCUAAGCGCACAGAACGCGGCCAAUGCUUUAGUGGAACUGCUCAUAGCUCUCCAGAACAACCAAUUCAUGAACGGGUAUGACGGACACAACGGGGGAAUAUCGAACUCCUUCAGCCACGGCACGCUAGGCCGACCCAACCUAUCGCUGACCAAUGGAAAAUGCGGGAGCAUCGUGUAAUAUUAGAUUUUAAACUUCCCUUUUAAUUUACACUAAAAUAGAAAGUCACGGGUGUUAACGCGAAGUUUAUGAAUGAGUUACAUACAGGGUGUCCCAGAAUGGGUGAAUCAAACUGAUACCGGAGGUAGCUCUACUAAUGUAGUAUCCCUAGAA